AUGGCGCCUUCGUCGACAACAGCGGCGCGGAUAGAGGAAGCUCGGGCUCUCGCGAAGAAAGAUGCUUCCAAGGCUGAGAGUAUUUACAAGGACAUCCUCUCCCAAGGUCCAGGCUCGACUGAGACCUCGUCGAGAGACUAUGAAAGUGCUCUGAUUGGACUGGGAGAGUUGUAUCGGGAUGAGAAGAAGCCACAGGAAAUUGCAGAGCUCAUCAAAACCAGUCGUGAUACCUUCUCAUCAUUUGCCAAAGCAAAGACUGCGAAGCUCGUCCGCCAGCUGCUUGACCUGUUCAGUGAGAUUCCGAAUACCCUCGACAUCCAAGUCGCCGUCAUCAAAUCCUGCAUCGACUGGGCUGUCUCAGAACGACGGUCCUUCCUCCGGCAGAACCUCGAAACCCGACUGGUGGCUAUAUACAUGCAGAAGCAAUCUUACUACGAUGCCCUUACCCUCAUUAAUUCUCUCCUGCGUGAGCUGAAGCGCAUGGAUGACAAACUCAUGUUGGUUGAGGUGCAGCUGUUAGAGUCAAGGGUGUAUCAUGCGCUCGGUAACCAAGCCAAGGCACGCGCCGCCUUGACCGCUGCUCGUACAUCGGCCGCUUCGGUUUACACACCUCCGCAUCUUCAGGCUGGGCUGGACAUGCAAAGCGGUAUGCUGCAUGCAGAGGACAAAGACUUCACUACGGCAUUUUCCUACUUCAUCGAGGCUCUCGAGGGAUACAGCUCUCUUGAUGAGAGUGACUUGGCAACGGCUGCUCUUCAGUACAUGCUGUUGUGUAAAAUCAUGCUGAACUUGGUGGAUGAUGUCACCAAUCUGCUGGGUUCCAAGCAAGCGCAGAAAUACGCUAGCCCACGUCUUGAAGCCAUGAAGGCUGUGGCUCGUGCCCAUGCCAACCGCUCUCUCGAAGAAUACGAAAAGGCUCUUUCAGACUACAGAUACGAACUUGGAAGCGAUGUUUUCAUCCGUAACCAUCUCCGGAGAUUGUACGACGCCAUGCUGGAACAGAAUCUCAUCAAGGUCAUUGAGCCCUUUAGCCGGGUUGAACUAGACCACAUCGCGAAGAUGGUUGGCCUGGAUACGCAACAGGUGGAGAGGAAGCUUUCUCAGAUGAUCCUGGACAAGGUAAUCGUCGGAGUGUUGGAUCAAGGUGCUGGCUGCCUGAUUGUCUACGAUGAGACGGAGCGUGACCAGGCCUACGAUGCAGCUCUGGAAACAAUUGAGAAGCUUAGCAAUGUGGUGGAGGGACUGUACACUAACCAGGCAUCACUGCUGGACGCGAUCGCGGCAAAAGGAUCGCGACUUUCGCAUCGGAGACAGUACCACCAAAGGCAUCCAUGCCUAUCCAGAUAUCCUUCCAUUCAUUUCAAAACAACUGCAUUCGAACCCAACUAUGCCCGUGGCUUCCCGCAAGCCGCCCAACGGUCUCCUGCCACGCCUCGUCGCGGGCCUCCAGCACCAGGUAGGUUUGCCCCAUCUCCCUUGAUUCCGGCAAACCUUAAAAUCAAGACUCACGCAGUUCCGCCUCAGUACAUCCCUGCUCAGCGCAACAUGCCGCAUCCUAACGACGCUGUUCAGCGUCGCAGUCGUAAGCCCACCGACAAGAAUAUCCCAGAUGGCAUCGAGGACGUGAUCAUCGGAGAAGGAGUACAGCAAUACAAGAGCCUUCGUGACUUAGAGAAACGAUUGGAUGCCUCCAUUGUGCGUAAGAGGCUGGAUAUUCAGGAUUCGAUCAGCAAGACCGUCAAGAAAUAUCGGACAAUGCGCAUUUGGAUCUCCAAUACUGUGGAAAAUCAGCCAUGGCAGACCGGUGCCGGCCAGAACGGAGCGGCCCCAGGAAGCAAUCCUGGCUCCGGUCGCUAUAAAGUGAGAAUCGAGGGACGGCUUCUGGAUGAUGACACCGACCCUACCGCGCCCGAUGACAGCGAAGACGAAGGCGAGAACGCCGAAGGGAACGGAGAUGCUAUGGAGCAUGAUGGACAAGAUGCCGAGAAGGCGAAGAAACCUGCUGCUAAACGACCAAAGCAGCGGUUUUCGCAGUUCUUCAAGUCGAUCACUAUUGAUUUUGACAAGUCCCCAUCUUCCAAUCCGGAGGAGACCAAGACUAUUAGCUGGACGAAGCCGCAGCUACCAGCAAAUGCUGUCACUCUUCCUCCAACUGCGGAUUUUGAUUCCCUGCAGUUCUCUCGUACGUCUCAGGAGAAUCUAAACGUCACCAUCAGUUUAGUCCGAGACGAGGCCCCUGAGCGAUACAAGUUAAGCAAGGAGCUGGCCGAGGUGCUUGAUGUUGAAGAAGAGACUCGGAGCGGUAUCGUCCUAGGUGUUUGGGACUACAUCCGAGCGAUGGGACUUCAAGAGGAUGAGGAAAAGCGACUAGUACGAUGUGAUCAUCGCUUACGAGCGAUCUUCGGACGAGACCAGAUGUUCUUCCCUCAGAUUCCCGAAAGCAUCGGGCCACAUACCAGCCCACUUGACCCGAUCAAGCUUCCUUACACGAUUCGCGUCGACGAGGAUUUCCACAAGGACCCUACGCCAACGGUCUACGACAUUCAGGUCGCAGUGGAGGAUCCUCUGCGCGCGAAAAUGCUUGCCUUGACCCAAAACCCGCAAUAUACAGCGGGAUUGCGCCAAAUUGCUGCUCUAGAUGAUCAGCUGGCCCUUAUUGUCCAAGCUCUAACGCAUUCGAGAGCCAAGCACUCCUUCUACACCGCACUAAGUAAAGAUCCUGCCACCUUCUUGCGGCGCUGGGUCAACUCUCAGCGCAGAGAUUUGGAAACCAUCCUUGGCGAGGCAACCCGCGGCGGCGGCGAGGAUGGCAGUGGGCCGGAAUUCAGGAGAGGAGGAGCAGAGAGUGUUUGGGAUACGCAGGUGGCCAGAGAGGCUGUGCGAUACGUGCUUGCCAAACCGGAGGCAGCAGCAGCACGAUAG